AUCCAAUGCUGCUUUCCCAGACUGUUAAGCAGGGAGCUGAAGUGAAACAACUGAAACUCCAACCAGGGAUGCUUACACUGAAAGUGGAGGCCUUACCUGCGAUGCGAUUGCAUUGGCCCCUGACCCUGUGAUAAUUUUCUUGGGAAAAAUGCAGCAACAACAAGGAAAUGCUAGUGACCAUAAUAGUUGAAACACUUUGCUCAAUUACUAUAUGAUAUAGAUUUUGAAUAACGAUUUUGUGAAGAAACUACAUUUUAUCUUGCAGCCAAUCUAUAAGACUGAGUUUAUUAUUAUCACUUUACAAAUGAGGAAUGAGGCAAGGAGAAAAGUUCGAUAACAGGGAACAAUAGAGUUGGGACUUGAAUGCUGCACUGAAUGAAACCCAAGGCAACAAUCCCACCCUCUCCAUUGUGUCAGUAGACUGGAGAGGCAGAGAACUGUAGAAUCUGGGACUUGAAGGGACCGGAGACUGUGGUGAUCCUUGGCCUGACUCCCGUGGAGUGAUUGUUCAGCCCUGAGUUUAGAUCUGCCUCUAUCAGUUCACCCAUUGAUGUCAGUUUCAUCCCUUCCUCUCAGAGAUGGGAUUGUGCAUAGUAACCCAUUUCUUUUAACGUACAUGGGUAUUUUUCAAUCAGAUGUCUGUAAAUGCUGGUGGCAUUUGGCAAUCUAAGUAAACUGUUAUAGUUCAAGACCAUCGCAGGGAUGAGGCCUGAGUAAAUAUUAACAACUCUCAUGCUUGGUUGGAACUUAAAAGGACUGCCUGACAUCCACGAGCAAGCUUUUGUCCGUCACAAUCUAGACCAGAUUAGUCUGAAAGUCCAAGGAAGAACCAAAGUUCACCUGAGAGCAGAAGUUCCUAGACACGUCUCCCAGGAUUGUUUGCAAGUUGAAAGGACAGAAAAUGAUGAAGGAGAAAGAGAAAACCAUUGCUAUUGUGCAAGUUAUAGACCCUUCGAAGUUAAAACUGUUAUCUGGAAAUAUUUUGGAUGUAUACUGUGGUGAGCAGGGAACUUCACCAGUUAAUAUGGGGCUUACAAGUGCUUCCUGUCCAAAUAGUCUACCGAUGAAAAGGGAGGUUACAGAGACUGACAGUAAAGCACUGGCAAAAGAGAGACAAAAAAAGGACAACCACAACCUCAUUGAAAGAAGAAGAAGGUAUAAUAUUAAUUACAGAAUCAAGGAGCUUGGCACUCUUAUCCCGAAGUCUAAUGAUCCUGAUAUGCGUUGGAACAAAGGCACCAUUCUGAAAGCAUCAGUGGAGUACAUCAAGUGGCUACAGAAAGAACAGCAGAGGGCCCGCGAGUUAGAGCGCAGGCAGCAGAAGUUAGAACAGGCGAACCGGCGACUUCUGCUCCGGAUACAGGAACUAGAGAUACAGGCCCGUGCUCAUGGUCUGCCAACCCUGGCUUCGCUUGGCAUGGUUGAUUCAGGUGCUGCCAUCACCAAACCACAGACCCACCCUGAGCAGUACUCAGUAGACUACUGCCACCAACUGACUUUACCUCAAGAGCUGAGUUCUGAGCUUUCUGAUCAAGCGAUGGCCUUCUCUGAUCCUUUGUCACACUUCACAGACUUAUCAUUUAGUGCUGCUUUGAAGGAGGAACAGCGAUUAGACGAUGCAUUACUGGAUGCCAAAUUAUCUCCACUUGGGGCAGAUCCUCUGUUCUCUGUCACUUCUCCUACAGUUUCCAAAGGGAGCAGCAGGAGAAGCAGCUUCAGCUCGGAAGAGGGUGAUGAGUUAUAAGAAAUAAAUGGGACCAAUCCAUCAAUGGGACGCAAUCUAUGCUGGUGCUGUGCAAUCUCAUUCUGUGUGUCUUGUAUUGCCUUGGCUUUGUUUUUCUGAAAUUACUGUAAUGUUCAUGAAAACUGGACUGAUGAGGAGUAAAGGAAGAAUUCACGAAAAAGUCAUGGUGACCAGGCAGGAGGUACAGCGUAAGGAAUAACCCUCUAUUGAUGUUAUAUAGGCAACAACUUGGUGAUGCACUGUUAAAACUAAGAAUUUGCAGACUAUAAAUACUAUACCAGCUAAAGCCAAACAAUCCCUUACUUAGUAUUUUACUUCCUUCUUCUCUUAUUCAACUCUAACAAUAUCAAUUUUAGUGAGUCAUGAUCAACAUAUGUGGUGGUCACUGCUUCGUCCUAUUGUCUAUUGAGCAUGUUGUUUAAGAUUCUAGGCUUAUAAAAGAAAUACUUAUCAAAUAAGUUAUCUGUCACCUGCUAUUCUAUAGCAAACAUAAGAAUUUUCCACAGUAAAAAACGAAAAAUUGUAUAAAAACAUGCUGUUUACCAGAAUCAAAUCCUAGUUUUGCUAUUCAAUUCAAUUCUACAUGCUCUUUUCAGAAAACAAACAAAAAACAUUUAAAAUGUCUUUCUCAAUGACAUGGGAUAUAAAUUUAUCUGUUCAUACAACACACAUCCACAUAUGUGUACAAUGUAGGCAGCAUAUAUUCUUUUUUCUAUUUCUAUUUUUCAGCAAUCAGAAGACAUGUCAGAUAAUCCAUUUCAGUAAACAAAAUAUAAAAGCUUCCCAUUCCAUAUUUGACGUGGGAUAAUCAGCUAUUGAUGCAGUUUUGCUCCAAAAUGACAAAAUACUAAUAUCAACUAAUAAAAUGAUUAGUAAAAUA